AUGGAGGUGAAAGGUGAUGGCUUCAGUCUAGGUGCAAAUGGAGUUAUUUGGGCUGAUGAUAAGAGUUACCUUGCAAGCGAUACAAGAUUAAACGAAAAAGGCUACUGCACUCUAAGAUACGUAGGACUAUAUGCAAAUUUGCUAAAACCCCUAACUAAACCAUGGCUGGUGUUUUGUAUAGGGGGAGCUGAAAGAUUAAUUGUUGAUGCUGCCACGGAACUUGCAUCCCAUGGUCACAAGGUUCAUAUUUUUACAGCUCACCACGACAGAACUCGAUGUUUUGAGGAGACUCUUGCAGGAACCUUUCGAGUAACUGCAUAUGGUGCUUUCCUACCCCGUCAUAUUUUCUACCAUCUACAUGCUGUAUGUGCCUAUCUCAGGUGCAUUUUUGUCGUUGUCUGUGUGUUGUUCAUGUGGCCAUCAUUCGAUGUUGUGCUUGUCGAUCAAGUCUCUGAAGUCAUUCCUUUGAUGAAACUAAAGAAAUCAACUAAGGUUGUAUUCUAUUGCCACUUUCUGGAUUUGUUGCUGGCUCAACACACAACCAUUCUUCGGCAGAUAUAUCGGAAACCCAUGGACUUUAUAGAAGAAGUAACGAUUGGUAUGGCGGAUUUGAUUAUGGUUAACAGCAGAUUUACUGCAUCUACUUUUGCGGGUACAUUUAAGCAUCUUCAUGCAAAAGGAAUCAAACCAUCCGUGCUUUACCCUGUGGUGAAUGUAGAGCAGUUUGAUAAACCCCAUGCUUUUAAGUGUAAUUUUCUCUCUGUCAACCGCUUUGAAAGGAAAAAGAAUGUUGAAUUACCAAUAUGUGCUUUUUCCUUGCUGCAAACCCUUGGAGGUGAUGUCCAAGGUCUUAAUGUAGCUGAUGCUAUGUUGACAGUCGUAGGUGGCUUUGAUAAACGUCUAAGAGAGAAUGUCGAAUAUUUGGAGGAAUUGAAAAGCUUAGCAGACAGGAAAGGGGUGUCUCACAAGGUUAAGUUCAUGACCUCUUGCUCAACAGCUGAAAGAAAUAUGUUGCUUUCGCAAUGCCUCUGUGUUCUUUAUACACCAAAGGAUGAACAUUUCGGAAUUGUUCCAUUGGAGGCAAUGGCAGCCUAUAAACCUGUAAUUGCAUGCAACAGUGGGGGUCCUGUGGAGACGAUUAAGAAUGGUGUGACGGGGUUCCUUCAUGAUCCUAGCCCUCAAGAGUUAUCUUCAGCGAUGGAAAAGUUCACAAGGGACCCCCAAAUGGCUGAGAGAAUGGGUUCUGAAGCUCGACAACAUGUCGUUGAGUCAUUUUCUACCAAGAUUUUUGGCCAGCGUCUGAAUCAAAUUCUUCUUGAUAUAGCCCGGGGAAAAGAGGAUUGAGACAUCAAAAACUACAUGGAAAAUUUGUAUGUUGCAGAUAGGGUGUCAUGGUUAUGGCAAAAAUGCAAUUCUUACGCAGUGUUUGUAUGUUGUGUUCCCUUGGACUAUUUUAGAAUAGCAGUCUUUGGGAAAUUACACAUCCUACGUGAGAUUUUACCCUUAUACCCAUAAUAUAUGUUUUAAGUUAUCUAGCA